UUUGUGUUUCUGGGUGCUGGUUUCGGAGACCUCCCCGUGGCGUCCCCGACAUCGCCGAACCCCGACUUGCAAUUACUUGCAUUGCGGGAGGUGCUUCUCACACACCAGCCCAGAGCAGGGCUACAUCCCGGAGAGAAUUGAAACCCAGUCAGUCUCUCUCACUCACUCACUCGUCCUCCGCUCCGCUGCCAAGUCGAACUGCCCCUGCGAUUGCAGCAUCCCCCCUGGGAUCAGGAGCUUGCAAUAUUUUCCAUCUGUGGCAAUUGCUGCUGCAGUGUCUCGGAGCGGGAGCUGGUCGCAGUGACAUGCCACUAUGUGAGGAAGGGUUGUCGAUUGUGGGCCCGUCUCUCAUUCAGUAUAGGGCCCCUUGUUGGACUCGCCUGCAUCAUUCUGGACAGUUGUCGGUUGCAUUCGAAUGCUUAUGCAGUUAUUGCUUCCACUUGUCGACAUGCUGGGCGUAUUGCAUAGACUCAAGCAUGAUGUUGUUUGUUGCUCUCUAGUUGCUUUCUGGAAUGCCUCUUUUUUCGGUGUUAAAGAUGGGUUUUUAUCAGUCGCGAAGUUUUUAGUCACUUAAUAUUGCUGGGGCAUGUUGUUGGUGUGGUCGAGAAGAGCUCCAUCUGCUACCGUGUAUAGAUGAUUCACUUAGAAAGUUGCAGGUGUUUGAGUGUUGAAUUGGUGUUUUCGGAUUGGUGAUGAUUCCACCGAGAUAUGCAGUGGUUUUACGUAACAUUUGGGUGAAGUAGAUGGAAGUUUUGAGGAGGUUACCUGGGUUGCACAGAUUCUUGAGUUGUUUCAAAUGUCAGCCACCUCUUCUUGAGUUGGAUUUUCUAUGGACAAUCAUCCAGGGAUCUUGCAUCAGAUUUAUUGGUGAUCGUUUUCUCUUGUAGAGAAAUUCGUGAUGGGUUUUUGGUUUGGCACGUCUUUCAUGUCAGUGCGAUCUCUUUACAUAGGAGAGACGCUCGUCUUGUAGAUGCAACGCCCUUCUCGUCAUUAUAUCACGGAUGCAGUCUUCGCGACGCUGGUAUCUGAUCAGAUUUCUUAAAGGAUAUUGCACCACAUUUUGUAGGAUAUUGGAUUAAUGAGAUUCUAGUUGACUGGCUGAUAAAUUGCCACCAUAUUGUGAGCUAUGCUUGAAGCUGGGUUAUUUCCGUAGUCUUUCAAUUUGUAGAGCAGGAGAAGAGAUUCACGACCCGCGACAUCCAUUUGAAAGUUGCUCUUGGCAAUCUACAGAAGGUAAAAAUGGGAGAUGAUGCUCCAAUGCCCGAGAGGGAACGUAACAAAGCUACUGAAUCUUCAUGUGGGAGGAGUUCGAAAGAUUCUACUUCGACAAGCGCCUCCAGGCCCGGAAUCAAUGGGAAAUGGGUGAGAUAUGAUUGCGAAUCUUGUCAAAUCCAAAACACCGAGGAACUUCCAACCUGCUGCUCUGUAUCUAUUUGGUUGACGAAGGGAGAGAAUCACCCGCCUCAAAUCCUUCUCUUGCGCCACUUCAUCAGUCUCAAAGCACCACAGUUCGUCCUCGAAACAGUAUAUUUAAAAGACCUGUUAGCCCUCUGAAACUGUACAGUUGCACCUCACUACAAGAAGGUAGAGAGGAAGAGAUGAGCAGCUCCGACAAUGCUCAACGUGAUGAUGAAAUUGCUCGACUUCCAAGCUUGGAUUUCAGUGCAGGAGAAGAUUCGAAUUUCAAGCUUGAUGUUGAUAGCAGUGUCCCUGUAAACCCUGGCCCUAUGGGUCCGCCAGCGUCCUUGAAUAGUUGGAAUAGCGACCUGUUGGAACUUCCCGUCGGUGAAGGUGGCCCUCCAAACAAGAGAAAAUCAUGUAUCUUGAGUUUAGAUGGUGGAGGUAUGCGGGGGCUUAUUGCAGCAAGGAUCCUCUCUCACCUUGAAAACAUUUUGCAGGAAAAGGUGGGUGAGAAGGUGAAACUAUGCGACUACUUCGACUUGCUUGCCGGUACCAGCACAGGCGCUGUUCUUGCUACAAUGUUGGUAACCCCAGACGCAAAUGGGAAUCCCACUUUCACCGCUGAGGGUUGUUGCGAAUUUUACAAAAAAAACGGACGACUUAUAUUUCAGCAUCGGUGGUACGAUCCAUUCCAUGGAUCGGUACGGCAGUUGUACCGACCCAAGUACUCAGGUCGACGUUUUGAGGAUCUUCUCAAGAAGUACACAUUCAUUGAUGGGAAGUUUCUUACCCUCCUUGACACCCUGAAACCCCUUGUGGUGACCUCCUUCGACAUAUCUCAAGCCACACCAUUCUUCUUCGUGCGACAAGCUGCUCAGAAAGAUCAAAGUCGAAACUUCAGGUUGUGGGAGGUUUGUCGGGCAACAGCAGCAGCUCCUACAUACUUUCCACCAGCGUCAGUGCGAUCAGUGGAUGGGAGAGUUCAAGGCACUCUCAUCGAUGGCGGUGCCGUUCAGAACAAUCCCGCGCUUGUUGCAACUACGCACGCAAUUAGCAACAACGAGGAGUUUCCAUACGUUAAUGGUCUUGAGGACGUGUUGAUAUUGUCGAUUGGGGCUGGUCAGAUGGACAAGAAGCAUGACCUACAGAAAGCGAGGAAAUGGGGCAUGACCAAAUGGGUUCGCCCGAUAAUGGAUAUUAUGAUGGACGGCACUGCAGACACGGUGGACUAUCAAUUAGCUGCUGCCUAUGCUGGAAAUAAUUGCUCUGAGAACUAUCUUCGUAUUCAGUUGUCCGGGCUCCCAAACAAGACAUCAGUGAUGGAUUGUGCAACUCAGAAGAAUAUCCAUGACUUGAUUACAAUAAGUGACGAUUUAAUCAAGCGCAAGGCUAUCAUGCGGAACGCAUAUGGAGAGAAGGUAACGCUUGAUCAAACAAACGAAGAGCGGCUUUCGUGGUUUGCUGACCAGUUGAUCAUGCAAAAGACCAUACGAGAAAAUCCUCAAGAUCCUCAAUUUGCCCAACAUGCUUAUCCGGCGUACGUAAAAGAAGGUCUUGGUCCUGCUGGUCAUCUCGUCUCUCCUCUAUUUGCCCGUUUAUUUGAGCAACGCCAACACUUGCAACUUGGUGCUCAGGGCAAAAAAUCAAGAUCACUCCGAUUCUAGAGUUCAAUUACUCUCUAUUUUACGAAGAGCAGGUAAGGGCCUUUGCAAUUCAAAAUGAGUUGUGAGUGCAUACCAUUAGUGUCACCUGAGAUCAUGCACAUACAUGAAGCAGACUAUGUUCAGCACACACAGGUUACUGCCUGCUUAGCACAUGAAUAGAAAAGAUCAAAAAUUCUUUGUAAGAUUUGUCCGAUCUCAGUUUGCUAGGGAUUUGUCUGUUGACUCUGGUGACCUGUUGGGAUUUUAGAGCUAGUGACCUGUGGGUUCCCUAAUUCCAUGUACCCAUCCACAAUCCAAAGCCAUUGAUUUGAGGUUUUCAAUUCAAUUUCAUGAACAUGAGGUUUUUAGUUGA